AUGAGUUCCUCAAUCCUGAAAAUAUUCUCUGACGCUCUAGAAGAAGCCACUAACCUAGAGAAUCGUGGAACUAAGAGGAAAUUCGACAGUGGAGGAAUUCAGCGUACUGAGGAGCAAUUGGAUCAAAUAUUUGAGGAGAUGGGAAAUAUAAGGAUUCAGUUUCAAGAUAUGAAGAAGCAAAUGGAAGAUGUCAAGGGUCAGCUGGAAGAUACCAAGAUUCAGUUGGAUGAGACCAAGACUGAAUUAAACGAGACCAAGAUUCAGCUGGAAGAUUCCAAGAUUCAGCUGGAAGAAUCCAAGAUUCAGUUGGAUGAGACCAAGAUUCAGCUGGAAGAAUCCAAGAUUAAGAUAGAAGAGACAAAGUCUCAGCUGAAUGAGUCCAAGAUUCAAUUGGAAGAUACCAAGAUACAGUUGGAGAAUACCAAGACUGAAUUGAACGAGACCAAGAUUAAGUUGGAAGAUACCAAGAUUCAGCUGAAAGAGUCCAAGAUUCAGUCGAAAGAGACCAAUAUUAAGUUGGAAGAGUCCAAGAUUAAGAUAGAAGAGACCAAGUCUCAGCUGGAUGAGACAAAGAUUCAAUUGGAAGAUACCAAGAUUCAGCUGGAAUAUUCUAAAACUAAAACUUCCAAACUUGACAAGAAAUUAGCGGAUAAAUACGAGUAUACCAAAGACCCAUGCAAAAACUGCAAUGGGUCAACCUUCUGCCUGGAUGGUCAAGUUAUUCGUAAUACACCAGGGAAAGGAACCAAGAUCAGAGCACUAAAGGAUACUACAUGGAAAAGCUUUGCUUUACAAUACCGGGUUCAUGCUAAUGAUACUGGAGUUGUAGAUUAUGUAGAUCCCACAUACGGACCCUACAUCAAGUGGAACACAUCAGGAUAUAUCCUUGGUUCCAAUGGAUUUGUUUACAACUGUAAAUAAAUAAUUGUAAGCAGCUAAAGCUUAAUCCAGAAUGCUAACUAUCCACAUUCAAAUAUACUGCAUCUGAUCUCUGACUUGGUAAUAGUGUUAAUAAUGCCAUUAUGGGAUCUAUUAGAGUUAUAUGUACUUUUUAUGGUAAAAGAUUAAGAUAAGUUUGCAAGUGUAAUUAGUAAUUAGUAAGACACUUUGCUAGACUGUAAAUUCCUUCGUAUUGUCAUUUGGAUCAGAAUCACUUUUUUAAACUGAAUUUAUUCAUAAGUUUUCUUAAGAUAUGUUUUAACAUAAACAAGCUGCAGAACUAAUAAAAAGUUUUUAUUUUCUAUAAUUAAAUAUUAAAAAACUUUCUAUUCAGGAUUUCUCCUUGUUUUCAAGAUUCCGAACCUUAAUCUUUUAAGUUGCAUUUGUUUUGUA